AUGCUUGGAGAGGUCUGUGACGUUUCUACCGUCGGAGCAUUGCUAGUCGCAGCUUUUACGGCCAUCUACAUCGCGAGGCAGUGGAAAACGAGGCAAAAAAUCCUUCGCUUGGGCUGUUACGCCCCACGCGUUCCAUCUUACUUACCACUGGGUAUCACUACCGUCCCCGGAUCUGGCCUGGAUAUUCUGAUCAGAACCAUACGGAACGCUCUCAACAACGAAAGCCUCAAAACAUGGCGCGACUGGCACUCGAUCGCUCCAAAUCACGGCACGGUCGAGGCGAACGUUUUGUUCGAACGCUGUCUGUUCACAGCAGACCCCCACAACAUCAAAGCCGUCCUGGCGACCCAGUUUGAGGAUUUUGGCAAAGGUCAGCUAUUCCAUGAUACAUGGAAGCAGCUGCUUGGCGACGGCAUCUUCUCGACCGACGGGGCGCAAUGGCAAGCCAGUAGACAUUUGGUACGUCCGCUCUUUGUGAAGGAUCGCGUCAGUGACCUCGACGUCCUGGAACGACACUUCCAGUGCUUGCGGAGGAUUAUCACUCCGGGUGAUGGUCAGGACGGGCAAAAGGUGGAUAUAAGUGACCUGAUCUUCCGAUGCACACUGGACGUCGCAACUGACUUCCUUCUCGGGGAGUCAAUUCGAAGUCUGGAGAAUCCCGCCCAAGAUUUUGAAAAGGCGUUUUCCCAUGCCCAGAAUAUCCAGAUGAUGAUUGCGCGAGCUGGACAUGCACAUGUUCUGAUCCCACGAAGGUCGUUCAACAAAAGCAUUGAAUCGAUCGACGCUUUUAUCCAGCCCUAUAUCGAUCGGGCCCUUGGUCUGCAGGGUAGCAUGAAAAUAUCAGAACGGUCUGAACCAGACUACACAUUCCUCCACGCCCUAGCGCACUACACCCGCGAUCCGAAGCUCAUUCGAGAUCAGCUGGUCAAUAUCUUGAUUGCGGGCCGCGAUACCACAGCAUCUGCGUUAUCAUGGGUGCUUUUUGAAUUAUCAAAACAUCCUCUUGUGGUCAUGAAGCUCCGCAAGGAGAUUCUGGGCUGUGUCAACUCAGACCGUCCAACCUAUUCCCAGCUGAAAGACAUGAAGUAUCUCCAGGUAGAUGUUAUCCAAGGAACCGAGUAA